AUGACCUCGUCUGUUAAAACUACAACACAGUCGACGUCUACUUCCACAUCAGAAUUCGGUCGUAAGAGCCUAACUGGAAGUAGUGAAGCUUCCACAACUUCAUUUGAAGGUUCAGGAACAGAAUCUUCAGGAGAGGCUAUGGAAGGUAUAUCCCCAUCAUCUAAAGAAGUUUUUCGAGAGCCACUAAAGACAACUGUUUCAUCCGUAGAUGUCAUUAAAGGGAAAGUAGGUGCUACUUCAAAAGCUGUCCUACAUUCUGGUGAAGUUACACUGCCUAACGUUACCUCUACGGGAUCACCUGUGACACUUACAUCUGAGAAAGUCAACUUAACAGAGACUAGCACUAAAGGCUCAACUAUCUCCAUUCCCAUAUCUACUAGAGUUUCCCAAUUAUCAAGUACCUCUCCUACUGCUAAUGCUACCACUUCCUCAGCCGCCAUCGUGACUUCCGAAACUACAAGAAAGACCAGUACCUCAGAGUCUCCAACUCCCCCUAGUACCCAAUCGCAGAGUACGAAAACCCUGCCAGGACAGACUAAAUCUGAUUCACAAAAACUAGGACGAGUUACCUCAAAACCUAGACCUGUUGAGGGGCUUCGUAGCACAGACGAGCCCAGCUUUACUAUCACAGAAGACACUGCUUCGCCAGACUUCACCAAAGUGUCAACUAAUCUUCCAGACGGUUCCUUAGCUUCAGCUACACCUUCGAUAGCCGAUAUCAGUAAAGAGACUACGGCAGGAAUGGAUUUUGAAGAGUUCUCUCAGUCAUCGGAACCUUCAGAGACCUCUACUCCAGUAGCAUCGUCAGAAGAACCGUCAACCACCUAUGGUACAACUUUGGAAACAGAGUCAACGGUUUCUUCAUCAUCGUCUGUA